AUGAGAUUAAGUGAGACUCACCGUCUGUAUAAACAGAAGCUUGAGGAGGUCUCCAAGCUACAAGACAGCUGCUCCCAUGCCAUAGCACGACAGAGGAAUAAAUUAAAAGAGCUCAUAGUGUCACUGGGAGACUGGUUAUACCUCAGUCUCGUUCUUGGGAUUGUGAAUGUAACACUACUCAACAAACACUCCAAAUUUACCUACAAAGAUGAAUAUGAGAAAUUCAAAUUGGUCCUCACUGUCCUACUCCUCUUCUUCUCAUUCACAUGUCGCUUUGUAUUUAGUUACAGAGCCUUAGACGCUCACUUCAACUUCCUGCUGGUGUGGUACUACUGCACGCUGACCAUCCGGGAGAGUAUCCUCAUUAGCAACGGCUCCAGGAUCAAUGGUUGGUGGGUGUUUCAUCACUAUGUGUUCUGCUUCCUGUAUGGAGUGAUGCUGACUUAUCCGGAAGGCAUACUGUACCAGAUGUUCAGGAAUCAGUUCCUCGCCUACUGCUUGUACCAAAGUUUUGUCCAGUUUCUCCAGUACUAUUACCAGAGUGGCUGUCUGUACAGACUUCGAGCCCUGGGAGAGAGUCACAACAUGGAUUUGCCAGUUGGUGAGAGAGAAGUCACGCAUUGUUGUUUCUGGCAGCUCUACAAUGUCCUAACACUGUUCAGGAUGGCCCAGCUCCCGGAGUGUAGAAAGUGGCAGGUCUUCAUGUGUGGCUGCUCCUACCUCGUGUUGUUUAUGGGGAACUUCUCCACCACACUUGGUGUGGUCUACCAUAAGUACAUCCACAACAUAGAGAAAGAUAACUGGACAUUGUGUAAGUGA